AUGGCCAUCCCUGGAAAAAGCUUUAAUGGAAAGCAGGACAUCCUCAAUGAAAAGACUGAACUGGAAGCAACAUUUAAGGAGGCUGAAUUGGCAACCUGUUCCAUAGAAUUAUUUUUGCCAUCAUUCAAGGAUACCGUUGAAGAGAUUAGUUUUGAAAAUGUAGGAGACAGUUUAUCCAGCAUGUUAGAGAAGCUAAAUGAUAAUGAAAGUGAAAAUACUAAUCUUAAGAAGAAGGUACUUGAAAAGGAGACCUAUAUUCAAGAACUUUCUGGUUUGUUUAAGAAUGAAAAGGCAAAUGCUUUGAAAGCAAACCGUUUUUCACAAUCGGUAAAAGUGGUACAUGAACGACUACAGCUCCAAAUCCAUAAAAAGGAAGCGGAGAAUAAUAAAUUAAAAGAAUAUAUAAAGGUUACAAAUAUUCACUCACUUUUAUAUGCGUUUGUUGUUCAGUGGCAUGAAGCCAAGCUGUCUGAAACAAUUUCAGCUUCCAAUGCCUGGAAAAGUCGUUAUGAGAAAAUUGUAAUAGAAAAAACGGAAUUGGAAGUUCAGAUUGAAACAAUGAAAAAGCAAAUUACUAAUCUUUUGGAAGACCUGAAGAAAGUGGAAGAUGCUGGAAAAAAUUCAUGUGAAGAAAUUCUUAGAAAACUUCACUCAAUCGAAAAUGAAAAUGAAACUUUGAAUAUUGAGAAUGCAAAAUUAAAGACUACUCUUGCUGCUUUGAAGGACGAAGUUGUUGCGGUUGAAAACGAACUCUUAGAAUUGCAAGAAGUAGAAAAACAACAGAAAGCCCUUAUCGAAGUAUAUAAAAUUCAGAUACAAAAGUUGCAAGAAGCAGCGGAAAGAGUGAAAGGCAGAUGUGAAAAUUUGCUACAUGAAAAUAACCUAAUAACAAAAAACAAAAAUAAAAAGUUAGAGAAGAUGAGAGGCCAGAUGGAGUCUCAUCUGAAGGAGUUAGAGCGCGUCCGCGAUUCGGUGACGGCGGCGGAACGGAGGCUCCACGAGUGUCAGGAGAGCCUGCAGCACUGCAGGGGGAGAUGCGCGGACCAGGCGCGCAGCAUUAGGGAGCUUCAGGGCCAGGUUGAUGGAAAUCAUAAUCUUCUGAAAAAGCUUUCUUUGGAAGAAGAAAAUUAUCUUAUUCAGUUAAAGUGUGAAAACCUUAAACAAAAAUUAGAACAGAUGGAUGCAGAAAAUAAAGAGCUUGAAAAGAAACUGGCAAACCAAGAAGAAUGUCUUCAGCACAGCAAUCUUAAGUUUAAAGAGAAAUCUGCAGAAUAUACAGCAUUGGCCAGACAGCUGGAAGCAGCUUUAGAAGAAGGAAGACAAAAGGUUUCUGAAGAAAUAGAGAAAACGUCAUCUAGAGAAAGGGCUUUACAGAUAAAAAUAUUAGAUCUGGAAACUGAGCUUAGAAAGAAAAAUGAAGAACAAAAUCAACUUGUUUGCAAAAUGAACAGUAAAGCACAACACCAGGAAGUAUGUUUGAAAGAAAUACAACAUAGUCUUGAAAAAUCGGAGAAUCAAAAUGAGAGUAUUAAGAAUUAUUUACAGUUUCUUAAAACUUCGUAUGUAACAAUGUUUGGAUAAAUUGUUAGAUUUAUUUUCUAUAAGCAACAGGAUUUUAUUCUAAGUCUAAAACAUGAUUAGGUAAUAAAUAAAUAAACUUUAUGGGUGGUAGUAGUAGAGUUUUUGGUAGCUUUUUAAAAUACAGUUUAUUGGGGCGCCUGGGUGGCUUAGUUGGUUAAGCCUCCGACUUCAGCUCAG